AUGGGGAACGAAGCAUCCGUCAUGGAACUGAAGACGGCAGUAAAACAGGAACAGGACAAAACACGAGUUCGCCGUGGACAGUUUGAUGAAGUCAUGUUCCUCAUAAAACAACAACAAACUAGAAAAGUGGUCGCUAUUAAUGUUGAUCGUGAAAAUUUACUCAUCGCUGGAAUAGCACAGAUGAAACAGGAGGGAUCAGAAUUAUCACCAAUCGAGGUAACAUUCCGGACAAACAAUAAGGAAGAAAGGAAUGUCAACCUUGGCGGUCCAAACCGGGAAUUCUUUACACUCUUCCUGAAUGAAUUCCACAGUGAGAGAUUGUGUAUGUUUGAAGGGAAAGGUGGUUUCUUGUUACCAACCCACAACAAAACUAGAUCUGAUUGGUUUUACUACUUUGGCAAAGCCAUUGUGCUUUCCCUAUUAUGUGACGGACCAGGUUUUCCUUAUUUCCCACCCUUUAUCGUCAGUUACAUAAGAGACCAGGAAUUUAUCCAUGAGCUAAGCACUGUAUAUGUUGUAAAUUCCUACCUCCAGGCACACAUAGAAAAGGUAAACUCAGCAGGGUCUCAGGAAGAAAUUGACAAGAUCAUUGGAGAGGACACUGAGAAGUUUACAGACUAUUGUGGCUGGUCAGCAGGCGACAGAAUUACGUUUUCCAACAGAUUGAUGUAUAUUCAAACCCUUCUGCAGUGGUAUCUGAUUGACAUGCGAAAAGGAUCAUUAGAUGAAAUCAAACGUGGACUUGAAACUCUUUCUUUUCUGAACAGGACAAAACAAUACGAUGACUUCACGAGAUUCUUUCUAACGAGAGACAAACGAGAAACGACAGCCCUGUAUAUCAAAGAUAAAUUAUUACCAAAAGUGGUUGGUCUUAGAACAAGGAACGUUUGGGAGGAAAAUGCCAAAACGUACACAGAAGAACUGUUGCGGGAUUUAAACGAUGAGGAAGCUGCCAAGCUGUUUCAGUUUAUCACUGGUUUGGAUGACCUGCCCGUGCACGACUUCUCCUUAAAUGUAGGGUUCAAUCGCUCCAACCCCCAGGCAGAACUACCUGAGGCUACCACCUGUCUGCAGUUCCUACACUUGCCCCUUGGAAACAAAAGCAAGAUGGAACUGUAUGCUUCCUUCAAUAAGGCGCUUACUCUGGGCAAACUUGGCUUCUCAGAAUAA